GUUGUUCGAAGUCCACCUGCAAAUUGCAGGCAUGAAGAAAGGAAGAUUGAGUGAUGCAAUUGGCAGGCAAGAAUCUAGGAAUGACUGGAUGGUAUUGAUGAGAAGAUGAGGCAAGGAGAGUGAAAUGUAUGUGGAGCAGAGGGCAAGAAACAAGGGAUGGGCACCCAACAAAGUUGUGCGAAUGUUGCCCCUCAUGGACUGGAUACUGGAAAACCUGACUCUGGAGAAGGCUUCCUUCCAGAUGGUGGCUGUCUCCGGCCUGUUGCUUUUGGUGCUGGCUGCCCUCCUCCAUCUGCUUUUGAAGGGCUUUGGCUUCUGCUAUCACUAUUAUGUCCUCUGCCAGAAACUGCGUUGCUUCUCAGAACCCCCACGCGUCAACUGGUUCUUGGGGCACUUGGGUUUGGUUUAUCCUAAUGAGGAAGGCAUGGUGACAGUGGCCAAGUUGGUGGCAACAUUCUCCCCAGCCUUUCUGACGUGGAUGGGACCCUUUUUGCCAAUCGUGAGCUUGGUCCAUCCUGACUAUAUCAAGCCAGUUGUGACUGCCUCAGGUACUGUGAUGAUGGGUUGUGGCAAAAUGGCACGGAGCACUGAGGAAGGGUUGAAGGAUGCAGAGCGUCUGGCUGCCCAGUAUGUCCACUCCUGUGUCUGGUGGUUUGGGCCCUGGCUUCCUAUUCUGAGACUUUUCCAUCCAGAGACCAUCGGUCCAGUGCUCCGGGUAUCAGCUGCUGUUGCUCCCAAGGACAAACUCCUUUAUGGCUUCCUGAAGCCCUGGCUUGGUGAUGGACUACUGCUGAGCAGUGGGAAAAAGUGGGCAAGACAUCGGCGCAUGCUCACUCCUGCCUUUCAUUUUGAUAUCCUGAAGCCUUACAUGAAAAUCUUCAACCAGAGCACAGAUAUUAUGCACGCCAAAUGGCGCAGGCUCACAACCGCAGGCCCUACUUCUAUUGACAUGUUUGAGCAUAUCAGCCUCAUGACUCUGGACAGUUUACAAAAAUGUGUCUUCAGCUACAACAGCAACUGCCAAGAGAAACCAAGUGACUAUAUUGCAUCCAUCCUUCUGCUCAGUUCUCUUGUAACACGGCGGCCACACAAACUGUACAACCAUAUUGACUGGAUCUAUUAUCUGACAUCAGAUGGCCGCCGCUUCCGCCACGCCUGUGAAGUCGUACACCAUUUCACUGCUGAUGUGAUCCAGAAGCGAAGAAUGGCCCUUAGAGACUUGGGACAGAAUGCCUCACUCAAACCCAAGCAGGAGAAAACUCUGGAUUUUAUUGAUGUCCUGUUGAUGGCCAAGGAUGAAGAGGGGUGCCACUUGUCUGAUGAAGACAUUGCAGCUGAAGCGGAUACCUUCAUGUUUGAGGGCCAUGACACUACAGCAAGCGGCUUGUCUUGGGUGCUAUACAAUUUGGCCCAACACCCACACUACCAAGACCAGUGCCGGGAGGAAAUCCAGGAACUGUUGCAUGACCGGGACAUAGAAGAAAUUGAAUGGGAAGACCUCUCCCAGAUGCCCUUCACCACCAUGUGCAUCAAGGAGAGCUUGCGCCUCCACCCCGCAGUCACAGCCAUUUCUCGAAGCUGCAAUGAGGAUGUGAAAUUGCCUAGCGGACAGAUUAUCCCCAAAGGGGUCAUUUGCCUCAUCAGUAUAUAUGGCACCCAUCACAAUCCUGCUGUGUGGCCAGAGCCCGAGAUUUAUAACCCACACCGCUUUGAUCCAGCAGCCUCAAAACAACAGUCCCCCCUGGCCUUCGUCCCCUUCUCUGCAGGACCGAGGAACUGCAUUGGACAGAACUUUGCCAUGGCAGAGCUGAAAGUGACUUUAGCUCUGACAUUGCUCCGGUUUGUGGUGCGUCUGGAUAAAAGCCAGACUGUACGGCGCAAACCAGAAUUAAUCCUGAGAGCUGAGAAUGGGCUGUGGCUGCAGGUGGAACCUCUGCCGGCCGAGCCUUGACAAGGAAGCACUCGCUAUCGAACCACCAACACGCAACUGGAAGUUUUAGCACUGGAUCUGCACAGAGGAUUUGUGGUGGUUGGGAGCUUUGUGCCUAAACUAAAGCAGCACACGAGAGUGGGACCAUAUUGUUUGUGCAUCACUGUGCCCUCCUUACCAUUGCUCCUUAGCUCUGAUAUUAUGAUGGAGACAGACACAUUCUAACAGUUGUCUUACUAUAUUAAAGCCUUACAAGUUGCA